UGUGUGGUAUUCUAUUCGCCGAGCUGCCAUUACUGGCUAGUUGUCUUGUCUUGUACUUGUAAUGUUUUACAGUUUUCGUUCAAUGGCGCAGUUCAUCAUGAGAUGUUCAUUGGCGAUUAUCAUUUUCAGAUUCCCCGACGUGAAAAAGUAAAACAUUCCGUCUUGAACGCUCGCUUUAAAUGGAUGCUCGAGUUAUUUAUGAAAAAUCGCGGAGUAUGGCCUGAGCAUGUUAUCAUUACGCGAGACGGAGUGUCAGAGGGACAGUAUAGAAUGGUAUGCAGCCAAGCGAAUUUUUUAAUUCAAAUAUGCAGUAAUGGUGGAUUUGUUCAGGUCGUCGAUGAAGAGUUGUUUGCGAUCAAAGAAGCUUGUGAGGAAUUUGGUAAUAUGCAUGGACGAGAUUCAUGGAUGCCACGAUUCACCGUAAUAGUGGCUACAAAACGUCAUAAUGCUCGAUUUUUUGUGGAAAAAAGGGGUAAGCAGAAAUUUUCAGCCAGUUUUGUUGCCGACAAAACUUUUUAUCACGUUAUUUUAAGGCAGAUUUCAAAAAAUCUGGAGCUCUCUUAA